AUGUUUGACAAGUUGUAUGUUUAUUUUGAGGCCUGUAAGCGGGGAUUCAAGAGUGUCCGCAGACCAUUGAUCCACCUAGAUGGAGCAUUUCUUAAAACAUACCAUGGGGGACAACUACUUUCUGCUAUUGCACAGGAUGCUAACAACCAGUUCUACGUGGUUGCAUACGCAGUUGCAAGAUCCGAAAACAAAGAAUCGUGGAAGUGGUUCCUAACAUUAUUACAGGAGGAUAUUGGUGAUGUUGGCAACCACGGUUGGAAUUUUAUGUCAGAUCAACAGAAGGGACUACUACCUGCACUGAAAGAGGUAAUGCCUAGUGCACAUGUCAGAAACUGUGUGAUGCAUAUAUGGAAGAAUUUCAUAAACCGAUUCAAGGAUCUGUACAUAAGAGAAAUAGUGUGGGACUGUGCAAGAUGCACCACCAUCUCUGAAUUCAAGACAACCAUGGAGAGACUGAAAGAAGUGAACAAGGAUGCUUGGGCCUACCUUAUGAAAUUUGAUCCUGCUACUUGGGUUAGAGCAUACUUUUGCCAUGGUCCCAAGGUCGACAACCUAAUAAACAACAUGUGCGAGUCAUUUAAUGCAAAGGUGGUUAAGUACAGAUGCAAGCCCAUACUCACAAUGUGCGAGGAAUUACGGUGCUAUAUGAUGCGGCGAAUGGUUCAACACAAGAAACUUCUGGGGACUCAUGAAGGGAAACUGGCGCCAGUGCAAGAGAAAAGGCUACAGAGGCUUAUCAAACCAAGCAACAAAUGGACAGCGGAGUGGAUUGGUGAUAACGAGCGCAAACGGUUUGAAGUCACUUACAAGGGAUCCAAAGUUGAUGUGGAUCUGAUCAAACACAGCUGCUCGUGUAACAAAUGGCAACUCACUGGGAUGCUGUGCAUUCAUGCUAUAGCAGCAAUAAAAAAAUGGCAUGAUAAUCCCGAUGAAGAAAAAACAAAAACUGCAGCAGCGGCAAAACGCAGCUUGUGUUUGUCAAGAGAGCCAUACAGUGCACGAAACGUGUCCCUCCUUUGUGUGUAUUUGGUUGCGUUUUUGGAGCGACAAAAUUCAAAUUUUUUUGGAAGUCCACAAACGUAG